AUUGAUUAUUUCUCCGUCUCUUGAAAAAUCCGACUGACACUGACCUCAAAACUCUCCUCUCACUUUCGUCGUGAAGAAGCCAAAUCUCGAAUCGAAUCAGCACCACACAUUUCCAUGGAUAAUUCAGCUCCAGAUUCGUUAUCCAGAUCGGAAACCGCCGUCACAUACGACUCACCAUAUCCACUCUACGCCAUGGCUUUCUCUUCUCUCCGCUCAUCCUCCGGUCACAGAAUCGCCGUCGGAAGCUUCCUCGAAGAUUACAACAACCGCAUCGACAUUCUCUCUUUCGAUUCCGAUUCAAUGACCGUUAAGCCUCUCCCGAAUCUCUCCUUCGAGCAUCCUUAUCCUCCAACAAAGCUAAUGUUCAGUCCUCCUUCUCUCCGUCGUCCUUCCUCCGGAGAUCUCCUCGCUUCCUCCGGCGAUUUCCUCCGUCUUUGGGAAAUUAACGAAGAUUCAUCAACCGUCGAGCCAAUCUCGGUUCUCAACAACAGCAAAACGAGCGAGUUUUGUGCGCCGUUGACUUCCUUCGAUUGGAACGAUGUAGAGCCGAAACGUCUCGGAACUUGUAGUAUUGAUACGACGUGUACGAUUUGGGAUAUUGAGAAGUCUGUUGUUGAGACUCAGCUUAUAGCUCAUGAUAAAGAGGUUCAUGACAUUGCUUGGGGAGAAGCUAGGGUUUUCGCAUCAGUCUCUGCUGAUGGAUCCGUUAGGAUCUUUGAUUUACGUGAUAAGGAACAUUCUACAAUCAUUUACGAGAGUCCUCAGCCUGAUACGCCUUUGUUAAGACUUGCUUGGAACAAACAAGAUCUUAGAUAUAUGGCUACGAUUUUGAUGGAUUCUAAUAAGGUUGUGAUUCUCGAUAUUCGUUCGCCGACUAUGCCUGUUGCUGAGCUUGAAAGACAUCAGGCUAGUGUGAAUGCUAUAGCUUGGGCGCCUCAGAGCUGUAAACAUAUUUGUUCUGGUGGUGAUGAUACACAGGCUCUUAUUUGGGAGCUUCCUACUGUUGCUGGACCCAAUGGGAUUGAUCCGAUGUCGGUUUAUUCGGCUGGUUCGGAGAUUAAUCAGUUGCAGUGGUCUUCUUCGCAGCCUGAUUGGAUUGGUAUUGCUUUUGCUAACAAAAUGCAGCUCCUUAGAGUUUGAGGUGCAGAUGUGAAGUGAUCAAUAAGGAUUUUAGCAUAGACCCGUAUAAUCGUCAUGUGCGUAAGUAGGUUUGGUUUGCGCUCCCUCUCGCUUUUAGGUCCGCAAUGACUCUGUAUCUAUCUGAUUGUAACUAAAACUGAAUUCAUUUGAUGAACCAAAUGAUACUAUUAUCUUAUGUUGUGUAUAAAACCCAACCAGGAUAUAUUGCGGUUUCUGGUGUUUAGAUUUGGUAAUUGGAGCUUAGUACAAUGCAACCCUGUCUUGCUUUAUUGGACGUCUCUAAGAUAAAUCAGCUUGCAAUGAAUUCCAAUGGAGUUUGUCAGUUUGAAUUAACUUCUUUGCAUAAUUAACACAAAGAUUUGCAGUAUAAAUUCCAUUGGAAGACUUAUUUGUUUAUUUGACACAGAUUUAAAUUGAAUUUCAAUGGAGUUUCAGUCGACUAUGUGACACAAAGAUUUGAAAUGAACUCCAAUGGGAAUUUGGUGAGUAAAUUAUUAUAAACAAUCCAAUGUUUGACACAAAUAUUUUAGAAUCUUCACAUCUGAAGUCUUAUAAAUCGUAGCAAAAUUUUCAAUCUUGAAAAUUAUAAAAAAUGAGAAUUAAUUUAAAUCACUGAUCCGAUAAUCUCCUCUAGAAAUAUAAGAAUCUAUAAACCAUUAAUAGUAGAAUUCCAAAAUGUUAUAAAUCUAUA